UUCUGUGAAUCCAGUGCAUGUUGCAGGGGAAACCUGAUUUGUGCUACACUAUCUAUGGCUGAUAGCUAGCAAGGCGCACUCCGGACCACAAUGGCUCAGAUUCCCACAGCCAUGAAUGGUGGCCCCAAAAUGUGGGCCAUCACCUCAGAGGAGCGUAUCAAACAUGACCAGCAGUUUUCAAGUCUCAAACCCCUUGGAGGGUUAAUUUCAGGUGACCAAGCUCGAAAUUUCUUUCUGCAGUCUGGUCUGCCAAAGAUGGUGCUGGCGGAGAUAUGGACCCUGGCAGACUUAAACAACGAUGGAAAGAUGAAUCAACAGGAAUUCUCCAUAGCCAUGAAACUGAUCAAGAUGACGCUGCAAGGUCACCUGGUACCCACCACUCUACCACCCAUUAUGAAGCAGCCACCAAUCCCAUCACCUCUCUCCUCGGCGCGGUUUGGGAUGGGAAGUAUGCCAAAUCUGUCAAUCCCUCCAAACAUGCCUUCAUUCACUCCUUUGGCUCCCACAUCAUCCUUGAUAUCUGUGAUCUCCCUGCCACCCUUGGGCAUGUCAACUCCCCCGGUGCCUUCUGUUAGUCCUCCAUCAUUGCCAAAUGGUACAUCUGCCCUUCUUCAACCUUUAGCAUCACAGAGCACAUCAACACUUCCACCCAAUUUGUCUCUGAGGCAGUCAUUAUCAGGAUUUGGUGGCACCAGUCUACACAAGGCACGGUCACUGAUCGAUCUUGGCUCUAGCAGCAGUUCAUCCUCAUCCACGACUUCUCUGACCUCGCCCAAAAUCAGCUCAACUGACUGGGCAGUGCCUCAGUCCUCCAGGCUUAAAUAUCGACAGCUCUUUAACAGCCUGGAUAAGUCCAUGUCUGGUUACCUCUCAGGGCCGCAAGCUCGGAAUGCGCUUGUGCAGUCCAGCCUGUCACAGACCCAGCUCGCUACCAUAUGGAACCUGGCGGACAUUGAUAAGGAUGGAAAGCUCAAAGCCGAAGAGUUUAUUUUAGCGAUGCAUUUGAUUGACAUGGCCAAAUCAGGACAACCUCUUCCUCUCACACUUCCCCCAGAAUUCACUCCUCCUUCUUUCAGAUCAAGCAAGUGGGGCGAUGGAGUAAAUGGAGCAUCCCCUCAGCAUCAGGAAAGUGUAGAAGAAAUCCAGGAGCCUUCAAAAAAGUCGCCAGUUACCUUUGAGGAUAAGAGAAAAGCAAACUAUCAAAAAGGGAACAUGGAACUGGAGAGGAGGCGGCAGGUGCUUCAGGACCAGCAGCAGCGAGAGGCUAACCGCAGAGCGCAGCGAGCAAGGGAGGAGCAAGAGAGGAGGGAACGAGAGCUGCAAGAGCAAGAACGCAAACGGCAGCUUGAGCUCGAGAAACGGCUGGAGAGACAACGAGAGCAGGAACGGCAAAGGGAAGAGGAACGGAGGAAAGAAGUAGAAAGGCGAGAGGCUGCUAAACAGGAACUCGAACGUCAACGAAAGGUUGAAUGGGAGAGGAUCCGACGGCAAGAACUUUUGAACCAACGGAACCGGGAACAAGAUGAGAUGGUCCAGUUAAAAGCAAAAAAGAAAAGUUUGGAACUAGAACUGGAGGCAUUAACCGAAAAGCAGCAAAAGCUGUCGAGCAGAUCGCAGGAUGUUCACAGCAGAAAACAGAUUCAAAAGAGUGAACUGAAUUUGAUAAAUCAGAAACAUGGCCAGAGACUAACAGAAAUUAAUGUGUUACAACAGGAGCUCCAGGACUAUCAGAAAAUGCUGAGUCAGCUAAUUCCUGAAAAACAGGCUCUGAGCGACCAAAUAAAACACAGUCAGUCCAACACUUUCCAGAAUUCAAGCACGGUGCUGUUAAACAGGAGUAAUGCAGAGAAGAAGAGAUCUUGCGAGCGACUUCGCCAACAGCUAAACGAAUUGGAAAAACAAACAGCUGACAAACUUGCAGAAAUGGAUGCUUUUAACAGCCAACUGAAGUGUGAGGAAAUUGAAGAAUCUGUACUUGAGUGCCUUCUCUCUCUGCUGGGCUGUCUCAGCAACUUGUUCCUUUUACUAAAGGAAUUGCGAGAGCGCUUCAGCAAACAGCAGCUUGCUCUGGAGCAGCUCUGUCGAAUCAAAGAUGAUAAAAUCCGAGCAGUAGAAAGGAAAAAAGCUGAAGAGUUAGCGAGGAAGAAACGAGAAGAGGAGGACGCCAUAAGAAAAGCAAAACAGGAGAAAGAAAACCUUUGGAAAGAAAAAGUCAGAAGAGAAGAGGAAGAAAGGCAAAGGAAGCUCGAGGAAGAGCGACUUCAAGAGAAAAUCCGGGAUGAAGAGAAAAGGAAAGCUGAAGACUCCGCCGCCAGACAAAGAGAAAUUGAGGCGCAGAAUCACCGCCUUGCAGAAGAGAAGCGUCGCCGAGAAGAGGAGGAAAAAAGGAGGCUGGCGCAACUUCAGCGGGAGGCUGAAGAGAAACGCUGGCAGGAGGACGAAGCAAAGCAAAGAGCUCAGAAUCUAAGAGAAACAGAGGAAAAGCGUCAGCGAGAGGAGGAAGAGAAGAGAAGAGCAGAAUCUGUAAAACGAGAUGAGUCUGAAAAACGUCAUUCACGAACUGACGUGCAGGAGAAACUGAAAGAUCUGCUGAAACAUUUUGAUGAUAAGCCAAUACACGGAUCAAGGAAGGAAGUUUCAGCGGGCAAAAGUAAAACCUCCACUUUUCGAAAGUCUGCCAUUUUGGUGAGUUAUCGAGCACUGUAUCCAUUCGAAGCAAGAAACAGUGAUGAACUCAACUUUCAGGCUGGAGAUCCUAUAGAGGUUGAUGAAACGACUGUAGGAGAGCCAGGCUGGUUUUAUGGUACUGCACAAGGAAAAUUCGGCUGGUUUCCAGCAAACUAUGUGGAGAAGAUGCCAGAAAGUGAAGUACCUUUGUCCCCCAGAAGGGCUUUAUUGCCACCUUCGAAAUCUGCACCAGCUACCUCAAAGUCCCCUGGACCACAAGCUCAGAAUAAAGUGGCUGAUGAAAGGAACCUUCCGUCAAACCAAACCUUUUCUGGCAUCAGCGGCAGUCCCAUUUGGCAGAAAUCUGCUUUUACCCCAACUCUUGUUCCUGGUUCGGGCUCACCUAUGCAUGGCCAGGGCCAACAUGUGAAAUGUUUUAAGGCACUAGCACUUUGUUCAUGGACCGCAAAGAAAGACAACCACUUAAACUUCUCGAAGGAUGACAUAAUUGAGGUUCUGGAGAAGCAGGAUAACUGGUGGUUUGGAGAGGUUCAUGGUGGAAAGGGCUGGUUUCCCAAGUCGUACGUCAAGGUUAUAUCCGAACGCGAAAAGCAGCCAGUGGAACCAGAACCUGUUUACGCUGCAGUCAACAAGAGCUUCAGCCCAGCUUCUCAGCCCCUGGAAGAGUAUGUUGCAAUAUAUUCAUAUCAGAGUGGCGAAACUGGAGAUUUAACCUUCUCUGAGGGAGAGACUAUUCAGAUCACAAAGAAGGAGGGUGAAUGGUGGACAGGAACAAUUGAUGACAGAACUGGCGUCUUUCCUUCAAAUUACGUCAAACCAAAGGAUCCAGAUGCAUCAAGUAUUUCAGGAAGAACCGGGACAUUAAACAAGAAACCAGAGAUUGCUCAGGUCACCUCAACAUACACUGCAGCGGGCAGCGAGCAGUUGAAUUUAAUCCCAGGACAGUUGAUACUUAUUCUAAAGAAAAGUGACUCUGGAUGGUGGCAAGGCGAACUACAGGCCAGAGGCAAAAAGCGUCAAAAAGGAUGGUUUCCUGCCAGUCACGUUAAAUUGCUUGGGCAAUCGAGUGGCAAAUCCACUCCGGCUCCUCUAGCAGUGUGCCAGGUCAUAGCAGUGUAUGACUACAGUGCCGUGAAUGAAGAUGAACUUACUUUCAGCAAAGGACAGGUCCUUAAUGUGCUGAAGAAAGACGAUGUGGAUUGGUGGCAGGGAGAAUUAGAUGGAGCGACCGGCUUGUUCCCUUCCAAUUACGUCAAGAUGACGACCACGGACUGUGACCCAAGUCAACAGUGGUGUGCUGACCUCCAGUCGCUGGACACCAUGCUCCCUAUGGAAAGAAAGCGACAGGGCUAUAUCCAUGAGCUGAUCCAGACAGAAGAGAGGUACUUGGAGGAUUUACAACUGGUUCUAGAGGUUUUUCAGAAGCCGAUGGCUGAAUCUGGGCUUCUGACAGAAGCUGAACUGGGAAUAAUCUUUGUGAACUGGAAGGAACUCAUUAUGUCUAGCACCAAACUGUUCAAAGCUCUGCGUGUGAGGAAGAAGACUGUUGGAGAGAAGAUGCCAGUGCAGAUAAUUGGCGAUAUCUUAGCGGCUGAGCUGUCCCACAUGCAGGCCUACAUCCGCUUCUGCAGCUGUCAGCUAAAUGGAGCAGGUAUACUGCAGCACAGAACUGAUGAAGAGCCAGAGUUUAAAGAUUUCCUCAAGAGACUAGCAUCUAAUCCCUCUUGUAAAGGAAUGCCACUCUCCAGCUUUCUGCUGAAGCCCAUGCAGCGUAUUACACGGUAUCCACUGAUCAUUAAGAAUAUCCUAGAAAAUACUCCUGAAAAUCAUGCAGACCGUAACUAUUUAAAGCAGGCUCUGGAGCGUGCGGAGGAACUGUGUUCCGAUGUGAAUGAAGGUGUGCGUGAAAAGGAGAACUCGGACAGGCUGGAGUGGAUGCAGUCACACGUACAAUGUGAAGGACUGGCAGAGCAAAUUGUAUUCAACUCCAUUACAAACUGCUUAGGGCCAAGGAAACUGCUACACAGCGGGAAGCUUCACAAAGCAAAGAGCAAUAAGGAGCUGUACGCAUUUCUCUUCAAUGACUUCCUUUUGCUCACCUACAUAGUGAAACAAGCAUUCAGCUCAUCGGGCUCCGACAAGCUAUUCAGCUCCAAGUGCACCUCUCAGUUUAAAAUGUACAAAACACCCAUUUUCCUGAAUGAAGUACUUGUGAAACUGCCAACGGAUCCAUCGAGUGAUGAUCCCGUCUUUCAUAUCUCUCACAUCGACCGGGUGCACACACUUCGAUUGGAGUCUCAUAAUGAGAGGACUUCCUGGGUUCAGAAGAUUAAGGCAGCAUCAGAACACUUCCUAGAAACUGAAAAAGGGAAGCGAGAGAAAGCCUAUCAAGCACGCUCACAAAAGACAAGUGGAAUAGGGCGACUGUUGGUGAGCAUUAUUGAGGCCACAGAGCUGAAACCUUGCAGGUCUAAUGGGAAAAGCAAUCCUUUCUGUGAAGUCAGCAUGGGAUCACAAUGUUACACAACUAGAACACUGUCAGACACUUUGAACCCAAAGUGGAACUUCAACUGCCAGUUCUUUAUCAAGGAUCUUUACCAAGACGUGUUGUGCAUCACAGUGUUUGAAAGGGAUCAGUUCUCUCCCGAUGAUUUUCUAGGUCGUACGGAGAUUCCAGUGGCAACAAUCAAAAAGGAACAGGAAGGCAGGGGACCUUCCACAAAGCGCCUUCUUUUGCAUGAAGUGCAAACUGGAGAAGUGUGGGUUCGGCUCGAUCUCCAGCUGUACGAACAGAAAACACUGCUUUGAAAUACAGGCUUCAGUUGGGGCCAUGUAUAUUUCUGUCUGAGGAAAGCAGCAAAAAAUCUAUAAAACUUAUCAAAAAGUGGAGGAAGCCAAACAAGUAAAACCUCACAAAGAACUACGUACACUGUGGCGGUCAGCCUUCAUUGUAGACAAAUAGCGACCUGUAUUUUUGCUGUGGUAAGCAUUUCCUUCAAGCAAUGUGAAGUUACAGUAGAGGCCAGUAGAGGAGUUUAAAUAGGCAUCAGAGUCCCGAAAUUCCUCUGGUCUUGGCCUUAACCGUCGUCUUCAAAUUUGGGAUGGAACAGUUUUUUUGAAAAUUUGUAAAUUCAGUCAUUUGGAAAUUAGCAUUCUGCAGUUCUUUUCAGAUAUUGCAGAAAUCAAAUUAAAGAUUGAAUUUAAGAAUAUUUAAAUGUUCUGCCUAUUCUUGAAACUUAAAACAAUGAUCUUGAGGCUAAAAUCCUGAAGGAUUUCGAGCCUCAGCAGUCACUGUAUGUAAGAGCCAAAAGUUUCACCUGGGGGAGAGGACUGCCAUAUCAGUGACAAGCUCAGAACAGGUAGAUCCAAUAGGGUCAAGGUAAAGUACACAUUAACUUUACUGCUAACUUCUCACUGAAAUUAAUCCACUGUAGGCAUUGUGCAAACAUCAAAAAGUACAAGAUGAGAAUGGACGAUUAAACCAAUUGUAAUUCAAGAUAACCAACACUGAAAAUGGUGAUGUUUCUCCACAAUUGCUAAUGCUGUGCAUGUAACAAGCUCUUUUCUAAAGUAAUGAGUAAAAUUCAAAACUAAAUAACAUUUGAAAAUGGAUGGUUUCAAUGCAGUUUGUUUGGCUGAUGUUGGAAUAAUAUUUUUGAGAUAAAUGAAUUAGGAUAAGCAAUGGCAGUCAGACAGCAAAUCACAGCUUAGGCUAGUAUAAGCUGUUCCAUAAUGUCUCAGGUUGUUCGCUGAACUAGUGAUAAGCAAAAUGAGUUGAAAACUUUUUGGAGUUGAAAACUUUUUUUAAAAAAAUUCUCAGCUACUGAAUUUCUGUUAGAAGUGUAAAAAAAAAUUGUAGAACUUAAUUUUGUUCCCUUCAUUGAACAAAACAAACUUGUUAUUGUGUUCAUAACAGAACAUGGCACAUAACCCAUCUUUUUACAUUAGUGUCUACCUACUCAGUUUUAACAGUAUCUAAUGCAACUUCCCUUCUUGCCUUAGUUUUUUCAAAACUCAUAAAUUGAGACCUGACUUUUUGAAAAAACAAUCUUUUUAUCCGGUGUGAACUAAUGAUAAAUCUGAAUCUUUCUCUAUCUGUAGAGUAUAUAACAAAGCAUAAAGUAUACUAACAGUUUAGCCAGUGUCAGUACAUUUUAUAGAGACUUGUGAAAAGAACAUCAUAAUUUAUGGUAUUACUAUACAAGCUCACAUUUUAUAAAACAAACUAUUUUUAUUAUCAGAUCUGACCAAGUUUGAUGCCUGAUGUCGGAGGUGCACCUCUUUAGUUAGGUUAGUGCGUGUUGUACAUUUAAGUUUUUUUUUAAAAAAGUGUUCUUUGUUGUAAUCCAACUUUUAAUUGGUGCAACACCACUUCUUGCAAUAACUGGAGCCUCUGUCCAGAGUGUGAGAGACACUUGGGUUGUUAGUAUUAGCAAAGAGAAAUUAUUUGCAGAUUCGAUCUACAUGAGAAACUACUAAUCAUUUUAGUUGUCCAAAUUGUACUAACGACUGCUGCCAGGAAUCUGUGGGAUUUAAAGUUAAGAGAUGUAACCAUGAACUGCAUUAUUUACCAAUAUUGCAUGUGUUUAUAGGUAUUGUUUUUUGAGAAUCCAUGGUUUAUCAGUUUUCUACUUGAUAAGUCUGUGUAAUGUUUAGAAGGUCUGUGAUACAGUAUACAGAACUGUGUUCCAGUAGGUUUCAAAUAUUUGUUUGCAUCCCCUUUAGUUAAUUUGUGUUGCAAACAAAACACACAUUCUGCAAUUGCUGUUACAUUCUUGGAUAAUCUACCCAAUUGUGUUUUUUUUAAAUGACUAGUUUUGGAAUAAUGCUGUUCUCCUUGAUGUUCUUUGACUGCAAUAUGAACUAGCAGCAUAGGAUUUGGUACGUGCUGUUAGAUUGUAGUACAAUUCAAAAAAUAAUUAUUUCUAAAUAAUCAGAAUUCUGAUAUUCACAACUGAAGAAUUCUCACUAAAAUAUCUGGAUCUUGGAAAAUUACAGAUAGCAUUUUUAUGGCUUUGCUUAGUAGACAUGGGCUGUAACUAGAGAUAUUCAAAGACCAAUAUUGUGAAUAAGUGAAAUAUCUGUCAAUUUAUAGUCAUGAGCUCAGCAGUAAAAUACUUGAAGAACCAUGAACAUUCAGUUACCAGUCAAUGUCAGAGUAAUAUUGCAAUUUUGCUACUUUCAACUUGAUUUUGUAUGAAUGCAACACAGCAAAUACUGAACUUGUUAGAUCAGAAAAGUUAUAGCAGCAGUGCAUUGUAUUUCACAGGAAUGUCAGCUAAUAGAACUGCUGGUUAAUGUACCCAUUGAAUUCAAAUUGUGUUAAAUGAGCUAGGUAAGAUGGUAACCAAUAUAAUGUUAAAUAAAGGACCACUCUGGCUCAUAAGUAUAGAAUUAUUUCAUUGCACCCAAAACUCUUAAUAUUUCCAAUAUAUUGCACACAAAAAUGUAAUGUGUAUUUUUGUGUGAUGUGUGUGACCUCAGGCAAUAUGCUUAUCAAUUGGCCAAAGUAUAUAAUAUAUAUUGAUAUUUGCAGGCAAGAGAUACUAUUCUCCCCUUUCCAAUCUUCUCAUCCUUUCCUGCUUCUCUAGUUUUAUUCUUUGUGUGUGAACCCAGAAAGUGACGAUAGAUAGAUGGGCUUUUAACAAUAGAGGAGAAUCAUAGAUGUACCAAUUGUGGUUACACUUAUACUCCUAGUAGGUGGCACUGGAUAUCAAUUACAAUUAGGAACCUUAACUGAUUUUCCCAAAUCCAGGAUGCUUAGAUCAAUUGUGAUGCCCCUACAGUAUGUUUUAAACAUCUCUGGUCUAUUUGGCUCACUGAACCACCAGGAGUGCCAAGUAUAUGAUUUGGGUUCAAAUUUAAUCCUCAUUAUUAUUUCCUUUGUCAACAACUCCAGCAGUGGCUGCAAACCAUUCUGUGUGCUGUCACUGUUGCGGUCUGUUUGGUGGUCAAAAGCUUGGGCCAAUUUGGUCUCCUUGCUGAGUUCUGAACUGCCUUGCUUCAACCAAGCUGAAAAUAGGUUGCUUUUGUCCAUGCAAGAUAAAGGAAAGUGAGGAUUAAAGCACAGUUACUCUGACUACAUUCCCUGAAUACGGCCAAGCGUUCAGACAUUGGCAAUGCCAUAUUCUUUUGGGGAGAAAUUCUCUAGGCACCUCUUAAUUCUGCAAAAGCUGAUGAGUGCAAUGCUUGAUAGCUCCAGUAUGGUGCUGAUAAAACAUCCUGUAAAUGUGCAAGAAAAUGCCAUAUAAAGAAUCUGCCAAUUCCUAAUUAAUAUAAACAUGUUCAAAAAGAUACUGAACUUUAACACAGUAUAAAUAGUAUACACUCAACGGUUUAUUGUUUGGAUACGUUUCCAAACAGCUAUGAAAGCAGUCCUAUUUUUGAGCAAGCUGCUAAAAAGAUAAAUGACUACCUAAAGUAUAUGGUGUCUUUUGUGGUCAUAAGCCAUUUGUUUCUCUAACCCUUGAAUUGGAAUGUAUGAAGAAUUCUGAAAAGCAUUUAAGCCAUGCUACUUUGAGUGCUAAGACGUUUAUUGUAAAUGAGGGAAAUGAGAAUGUCUAUUUGCCAAAUAUUUUUCCUCCCUGCAGGACCAAUAGUUGUACCAAUUAUAGAAAUACACUGUGGGGUAUAUAACCUCUGAUAAGUCAUACCACUGUCAUAUUAUUAUUUAGUUUGCAUUUGAACAUAAGGAGUAUAGGGGAAAUAGAACUGGAAAUAAUAGUAUAAUAUUUAAGUGCUAAAAGUCUUGAUGUGUAAAUCUUUUGUUUUUCUUACAUUAAAUCAUGUAAAACUUUCUUUUAAAAAAUAAAACUGCUGUGAUUUUAUGGCACUGCCCUUUCUAUGCAGUUUGCUGUAGGGAAUCUCUUUGCACUACUGUGGUAUGUCUAAUUGUAUACUAUCAGUUUUUUUUGUAGACUGAAUCACUUUGUAUGACGUUAUGCAAUUUGAUAAGUCUUUGUAUAGAUAUGGUGUCAAUAAAAUUGACAGUUUUGAAUUAUG